AACAUUCAAGUCGGAAGUGGUUACGGUAUGUUAGCUUUAGGAAGUUAGCAUAAAACACACUAAACUUCAUAGCUAAUUCUGGCUGCUUAUGCUUCAUUUAUGUCUGUCAUUAAUAAAAAAUAAACUACAACGACGUCAGCUGGACAAGCACAUAACGUAAAAAAACAUUCUCAGUUAACAACUUCAUGGACCUUUAUUUCCUUCGCUAGCUAGCUAGCUAGCUAACUCCGCUAAGCUGUCAUGGCUGCUAACCCUCCAGGACAAGGCUUUCAGAACAAGACCCGUGUGGCCAUCCUGGCGGAGCUGGAAAGUGAGAAAAGGCGGCUGAUGCAGAGCCAGUCCACGAACAGCCCCGGAGCCAACAUCCCUUUUUCACCCAGACCUAACCUAAAGGAGGCGAGGGACAGCGCGGAGCAGCAGCACAUCGCCGCCCAGCAAAAGGCCGCCCUGCAACACGCUCACGUCCACUCUUCCGGUUUCUUCAUCACUCAGGACUCCUCGUUUGGGAACCUCAUCCUCCCGGUGCUCCCCCGACUGGAGCCCGAUGUUUGACUCUUAACCUCCGAACAAAUGACCUGUUUCUCUUCACAUACGAUGAUCAUGGAGAUCUGAAGAGCUAUAACAUAUUAAUAACACGCCUUUGUAAUAGUAAGGACUUUCUAUGGAAGGUGCUGAUAAGGAGAUAGAAAUGUGAUAAAGAGAGGGGAAAGCGCUAGCCAAGAGUUGGAAAGGCACAUUUUCCUUAACAUAAAGCAUAUUCGAGCCCAGGUGUAUUUAUUGGUUUCUUGGUCAAGGGUGAUUAAACUAAUGUCUGUUGCAUGCAGUGUAUGUAAUAGGAAUGGAUGUGAUAGUUUUUACAGUCCUAUACAUAAUGCACAGCACUAGUUAUAGCAGCCAAACAAUUAUUUUCUCAAGGGAAUAAUUGUUCUGCAUUGUCUCUUUAGCAAAAAGAGAUAAUAACAGACUAAUUGCACAACAACACAAUUUUUUUCCGAACAUCCCGUGUUAGAAAAAACUUUGUCUCAACUCAUUAAUUGUAAAAUUAUUUGACUGUUUUUUUUUUACAUGUGAAUAUCAUCACUGUCAAUAUGAAUGCAUGCUGCAUUUACUGCCAAAUCCAACUACCUCAUCUAUAUAAACCCACCUGUUAACAUUAGUAUUAAUAUUGACAUUGUUCAGCAAUGUUGUCCUUGUUUUUUGCUGUUAUGUCUAGUUAUGUGCAAGUGCACUGAGAGUAACAAAACCGGAGUCUAAUUCUAU